AUGGCAAACGGGAUUCGCCACAGCUUUCCACGCAAUCUGCACUCGAUUACCGCAAUCAACAGGCCCGCGCCCAUCCGCCUCUUCACCGCUCCCGCAUUCUCUGCCGCAGGUGCAAAAAGGGACGGCACGAGAUUGCUGACCCACCCCGCGAAUCUCUGUCCUUUUUGGGCGUCCUCCGUCGAAGAGAGCAAGGAACAUCCGUGCGACAAUGGCCAGGAACAUUGCAAAGCUUCCAAAGUGUCUGCGCGCCGAUUACUGCAUGUCGGUGUCAAGGCGACCGAGCCACAAGAGGAAAGCGACGUCAGGGAGGAGGCAAGAGUCAAGAAAAUGGGCUCAUUGGGCAGAAGGCAAGGACAAGAGGAUAAACUCUCCGAUCUCCCGGCGCUGGUCCCUCUUUUCGUCUCUAGGAACCCUGUUCGGCAGCCAAUGGACUGGACUGGACGUCCCGUGCCGCAGGAGCCACGGACGACGGGUUUGUAUCCUGCAGAAAAACAAAGACGGGAAAGGUUAGGCCUUGCAGCACAGGCCAGGCAAGGGCCAUGUCCAAGUUCCAACCAAGUGCGAUGGCAACUAAGCCUGAACGAGCUCGUCCUCGGGUACUCGAUCAGUGGGCACUUGACUGUCCUCGCAUGCUUCGCCUUCCACCUGGAUCGUGUGGUCCUGCCAUCGUGCCCAGCGUUCCCGAUUGAGACCGACCGCUCGGUCCCGGCAGAUAUCCCGUCCUUUGGGCGCGCAACCUCGCAUUCUAACGUAUAUGCUCCCACUGCCACUCGGCCGUCGCAAACCGCUCCACGUCUGCAAGCAAGGCGUUUUGAUGGCCACUGGCCCCAAUGUUGUCGGCUUGGAUCAAGUUGUGAGCCUUGUCCCGUUCGCUCUGUUGCUGUUGUCAUUCUCCCCUUCUUUCGUCCUGUCAUUGUCGCUUCGCAUCCACGCACCGAUCAAGGUUUGUACCUUGUCGUCUUCACGUAUGGAACUUCUGGGUCUCUAUUUCAGCUCGCCAGGCAUUAUGGGUGGGCUGUAUACAAUAAAUAG